AACCACGGCGCGCUGCUCUGCUGCUCAAAAUAAAAUAAAUUACAUCUGUGGCGCUGCCUAGAAAAAAGAAAUUGAUGCGCGCCGUGCGCGCGCAGUUAUUAUUUCUUUCCAUGUUUCUUAACAUGGCAGGUCGCAGUGGGUUUGACGACGGUAAUCUGAGGGACUACGGAGGCGGCAGAAGGACGGCGGGCGGUCGCCCGCUCCCGUCCGAACCCCCUUACAAGGCCUAUGUCGGCAAUUUACCCUCGGGCAUCAUCCAAGGCGAUAUUAACAGAAUCUUUCCAGACUUAUCUAUUAAAAAUGUAAGGCUGGUUAUGGACAAAGAAACAGAUAAAUUCAAAGGCUUCUGCUAUGUGGAAUUUGAAUAUUUGGAAGACUUGAUCAAAGCCAUUGAAAUGAAUGGAGUUCUCAAUGUAGAUGGUAAUUUUAUCAAAAUUGAUGUUGCUGAAGAAAAAAGGAGUGACAGGGGGGGUGGCUUCGACCGAGGCCGCCGAGAUGGGCGCGACGGCGGUCGGGACGGUGGACGAGACGGACGGGGCGGCGGCGGCGGCGGGUUCCGGCGGGACGGCGGCCGUGGUACGUACGAGCACUUCGACGCGGCCGAGCGCCGCGCGCCUCGGAGCCAGGGUGGCGGGUUCAUACAUGAUCGCGAGCGGGGUGAGCCGCGCGGCAGCGGCGGCACCAGCGGCGACCGGUGGGCGGAUCGCGGCGGCGAGCGCGGCGGUGAGCGCGGGGGCGAGCGCUGGAGCGAGCGCGGCGCGCGCGGUGCUAGCGAGGAGGCGCGCAGCGGGGACUGGGGCCGCAUGGGCCGCUCCGGGGCGCCGCCCGCGCCGCGCCCGCAGCCCCGCCGCAACUUCGAUGAAGCACCUCCUCCGAGAUCAGACACAUCCGGCAGGCCGAAGCUGGUGCUGGAGCCGCGGACGGUGAAGGAGCCAGUGAACUCGCUGGCGUCCACCAGUCAGGCCUCGUCAAUAUUCGGCGGCGCGCGGCCGAGGGAGGAGCGGCUCAAAGAGCUGAAGGGCGAGUGAGCGCCGACCCCCUGCCCCGCACCCGACCGACCCCCUCCCGUGUGUAUAUGUAUCGAUCCCCCACUCCUACUCUGUUGCAAUCCAAUUUGAAUUCGAGGCAAAUUGACUCUUUUAUUAUUACUUAUAAAACUAAAUACACAGUGUAAGGGGCAGUUUACUGAACCGUAAAAGGAAUUUCAGUAGAUUCUUAUUUCGAGUAGGUACUUAUGUACGUUGUUUAUAAUUUAUAAUAUUAUUUUUAAUCAUUAUUAUUUUUUGUAUUAUAUCAGGCUCAAAGUCUUGUAAUAUUAUAAUUUUAUUUUGUGACAAAAAUACAUAAAAAUAAAAGUAAGUCACAAAAACGCUGUGCACUGUCAACACGCUAUGCAGUCCUAUAAUACAGAGUAGGAUAUAAUUUUAUAAAUAUUCUGUAGACUGUACCUUACACCCUAUAAAAUCCUCUUUCGCGAUAUUUUUAUAUGAUUAGCUACAGUGUGCGCGAUAUACGCCUGAGGCCGUUUUUUUUGACAUGAUAAAAAUAAUUAUUGCGUGUUCGACUUUGCUCUUCUUUUUUUUAUAUUAUGCUGGUGAAUGUGAAAAAUGUAAUCGAAAUGACUUAAAGAAGCGCCAUUUGUAGCAAUACUGCUAAAUCUAAAUCUUAACGGGAUAAUUAUGAACUAACUAGUAAGAGCUUGUGAAAUUCGAAGUUUUAUUAUUCGGUGUAAUGUCUAUCAUUAUAGUCUGGCAAGUUCGUUGAUGACACUCCCAUGAUAUGCGGGCGACGGGGGGAAAGGCUGCGCGGGUGUGAAAUCGUGCGUGCGGGGAAGUGAGGUGCGUCAGUCGUGGGCUUUUCAUUCAUCGCUACACGGUCCCGCAUCAGGAGUGGUACGAACGAAGUUGCCAAGCUAUAGCCGCUACUUUUCUCUAUAUUUUUGUCAACACAUAAGAUAACCUAACACACACACACAAUACAUCUAGAAAUCUAUGCAUCUAUAUCUUUAUGUAUAAUAACACUUUCCGCAAAUGCCCAAAUUUGAGUUUAUACCUUAAAAUUAAAAAAUAAGUUUAAUACUGAAUAUUUUUAUGAUAUGAACAAAACUCGUCAACUAUUGUUGUGAUGUUAUUAUAAAUAACACCCAAAGAUAUGAAAUGCCAUCGAUAUUGUAAUUAUUUUAACGACUAUUCACCGCUAACACCAUCUAAAGUAAGGAUCAUUUACACGAGCAGCACAUUGUCAAAGGCAGCUGGCAACUGCAGUCGACGACCACCGUCGACUGCUGUUGACUGCCGCCAAGAUGUCGUCGACUGCUGUCGACUGCCGCCAAGAUGUUGUCGACUGCCGUCGACUGCCGCCGAGAUGUCGCCGACUGCAGUCGUCGGGAGCAGAUGCUGCUCGUGUAAAUGAACCCUAAAACAGCAAGAGCAAAGUUAUACACCUAUUAUCAUGAGCGUAACUAUGAAAUAUCAUUGAGCUUUUUUAGUUUACUAACGUGUACAAAAACGGCCUAAGAUGCGACAGGGAUGAUCAACUCAGCAAAGUACUCACGAGAUUAUAUAAUAAUGACUUUUCUUAAAACAUCACACUGUGCAAAUGUACUGUUAUGUGCAAAUAAUAUAAUGAUAAUGAGCUGGCGAUUGUUGUAUAUAAUGUACACUUAAGGUCGCUGCAUACGUAACGUGUUUUAUCUUUGAUGGAACGGGUCGACAUGCUUUUGGCAAGAAAUGGGAAAAAUAUCGUUAAUGUCGAUGUUUAUAUUGAACGGUAUUCCUCACAUAAUGAUGAAAAUUUUUGCCGUGCCGUUGCCGUUUGAAUACGGGGAUAAAAUGUAGGCUAUGACACUCUUAAAUAACGAGGCUUUGUAGUGGUAAAAGAAUUUUCAUAAUUGGUUCAGUAGAACCAGAGAUUACCUCCUACAACACCACAAACUUUGUCUCUUUAUGAUAUUAUAGUAAUAUACUCAGAGGCACAAUUAUCGGCCCACUUUAAUAUACUCGCGUCUUAUUAAAAUGGGCGGAUAAUUCUGCCUCUGAGUAUAUUAUAGAUUAAUCCGCGUAUGAACGUCGUUCCGUACGCAGCGACAUUUAUACACCAACAAAAAAUAAUAGUUUUAUAUUAUCUUAUUAUAAUUAUGUUAAUGUCUAUAAUUACAUUUAAAAUGUAAUGACGGAAAAUAAUGUUAUUAUAAAAAUCUUUAUUUAUUCAUAAAUAUAGUAAUCUCGUGUAAGUAUGGGUGUAGUCCCUCUGUCCCACAAAAGGUGCGAAUUAUUUGAAUUUAAACUAUAUCAGAAAUAAAUAAUUUCAUUUCAUUGAGGCAUAAACCAAGUCUACUUAUUAGAUUUCACCAAUAUGUGUAAGAUCUUUUAGAUCUGAAUAUUUCGUGAUCAGUCAGGUAUUUUAAAAUGUAAAAUUUACUAAGUAUUUUUGUGAAACAUAUUUUUUUAUAAACAGCCUAUAUAUUUUAAUCAUAUAAAUUUAAGGUAUUAAAAAAAUUAUAAGUUGUUACAUUUUUAAAAUAUAAGUGUUUCAGUUAAUGUUAAAUUGAAAAAAAAAAAACAAAAGAUACUCUCUGACUGAUCCAAACAUGUUCCUGUGUUGAACUUUAAUGUCUAUGAAAAUUUAAAUAAUACGUUUAUAGUUUUACUUUAUUUUAUUUACAAGAACAUAAUCAUCAAAUGCAUGUCAUAUUUUGUGUAAUAUGUACGAAAAAGUUGCGAGAGUCUGGUAUCUUAAUCACUAAUUUGUGAAAUUACAAACCAAAAUAUUUUCUGAUAUUAUUUUUAGUAUGAUUUUUAAUUUUUUUAAUCUUAGAUAAAGGAAGAACUUACAAAUUAUAAUUUCGUAGUGUUAUAUCUUAUGCUUAGUUUGUGCAGAUCACAGGCUGUACUGUCUGCUUACAAAUAUAUAAAUUAUGAAAUGGCUGUCUUUUUUUAAACCAUGUAAGGCUGGUUAAGUCACCUGGCCCAAGACCAUGGUCUAAAAUCUGAAUUAGAAACAACCUUCACCCAUGUGGAUGACAUGAAAAGUAUUUUACUCUAGUAUGUUUAAAAAAUUAUUGCAAGUAGGUUGCUUGAAAAUUCCUGGCUAAACUAUUACUAACAAAUUAUUGACUGAUGAUAGUUUGGUAAGGAGUUUUUUAGGAAAACUACUGGCAAUUUAUUAAUUUUGAACAUACUAAAUUUUACUAACUUAAAUAAUAAACAGAUGGGUGAAGGUAGUUUCUAAUUCAGAUGUUAUAUUAAUAGUCUCACUUAGAAUAUUUAAUUGUUUAUUUAUUGUUACUACAAAUUGGAUUGAAACAAAUGGUGCAGAUAAAUUUUGUACAUGAACCAGAUGGAGUUUUGUUAGGUUGUGAGGUUGUAAAUCAUUUUUAUCAUAUUAAAAUACAUAUUAUUAUUUUAUUAGCUUUAUAUUGUGUAUCGCUUAUAUUUCUCACUGUAAGUCGCUCAUUUUUGAGCAAAGUGAGGAUCUGCUGUCGGUUAUUUGCUGUAUUUAAAUUGAUAGUGUUUUUCGUCAUUGUAUUGUCAGGGCCUGAGUGUAUGAUAAUCUUAGCUUGCAUAAUAGAUUUUCCAAUACAACUUUUAGAUGAAGCAUUUCAAUUGUUUGUAUUGUUGAUUCACUUUGAUAAUACAUAUAUAAGCUUAUGUUUUUUUUUAUGUUUGCAAAGUUGAUUUAAAAUAAUUUGUCUGUUAUAAUUUCUUUAAACAGUUGAUAAUUCUGUUGGUCUUGAAAAUUAUUCAUUUGACCGAGAAACAUAAUGUAAGAGUUGAUUAUAAAUGAUGUAAUUAUGGUGUCAUUUAAUAAAUUAAACUUCCAAGUACAUGGAUUUCUACUUUAUUAGAUAUUGUGUAAUGUCAGACCAUGUGGCAGAGAAAAAAAAUCGCAAAAUUGUAACUAAAUAUAGAAAAACAAUAAAAAAUGAAUUCUUUGUAA